AUGCAGCAUAGUAAUUAUGAUCUUUUUGCCGAAGACCCGUUAUCUUGGUUUAGAUGCGGGGCAAAAACGAAGCGCGCGCAGUGUUCAGGCAUACGCCGCGCCGGCCACACGCUGCCGAUGAACCAUACUCAGAAGAUGUCUCCACGCACACUUGUCGUUCUGGUCGCUAUAGCCUGCUUGUAUCAGGCAGCGGCCAAGCCCGUGCGACGCACGCUCACCUUUAACAUGUUCGUGCUCAAGCCAAAAGAGGGUGCACCGGAGCGAACAAUCCUUACAACCGACGGCGUUUCAAGAUUCGGCCCCAUUAUCGAAUAUUUGGUCCAACGCAUUCAAGGUUUGAUGUCUGUUAGAAAUCCGCCGGAGCAUUUAGGAAGCUUUCACUCACUGCCUAACACAGAUGAGGGUGAUGUGACUGAGAAUGAAAUUGACAGCGUUCAAUCUAGGAUGCCUGGGAUUGCUGUUAGGCCUUCUUUAACAAAGCCUGGAACGUACGAAGUGGAUAUCGACGUUGUUGUAGAUGACGGACAACCAAACUACAAUAAAAAUAAUUGA